UAGUUGACAUGUGACAGCAAAAUAUAUUCUUUUCCGUGUUUGUAUGUUUAUGCAGUAUUUAUGUUUCAUGCACUGGAGUUUUGUGACAGAUGAAAUAAAAUUUUCCGAAAUUAUGACAAUGAUAAUUACAGUUUAGUCAUCGUUUUGUAUACUUACAAUGUGAUUAAUGAAUGCACCAAACAAAAACGAGCAGAAAGGAAGUCACACUCCAGACAACAUUAAAUAUUAUCGUAGGCGAAUGGAGGUGCUUCUACAAUCAUGGCUACCAAGUGCCUUCCCUAUUAACUAACUAAUAACUACUUGGCACUGUGCAGUUGGUGUGCUCAGCUGCAUAUAUAAAUCACAUAUCGUGGCUGCCAACUCCAGCAUUCCCUCUGUUGAGACUGACUCAUUCCAUUAUCUCCCACUUGACUGGAUAGAAUAAUAUAUUCCCAACAUGACCGAAUUUUUGGCUGACAAUAACCCAUGUGGUCAAACAAUCUUACGUCUUGUAUCCAGAGGAAAUGCUAUUAUAGCAGAAUUAUUACGGCUGAAAGAUUAUGUUCCACCAGUUUUCAGGCUGGAAACGAAACAAGAGCAACAGAAAUAUGGGGAAAUUAUUUCAGACUUCAGUUAUUUUAAAAAGUCUGAUGAAUUUGAUUCCAAAAUAGAUAAUAAUGAGCAACUACAAGAUUUAGAUGAGGAAUUUCGAGAAAAUUAUACAGAAAUUUUGACCAGGUUCUACUUAACAUUUGAAAGUAUUCACAAGUAUGUGACCGAUCUCAACCACUUUUUAGAAGAGCUGGAGGAAGGUAUUUAUAUUCAACAAACUUUGGAAGGAGUACUUCUUGACGAGGAAGGACGACAGUUACUAUGUGAAGGCCUGUACCUGUAUGGUGUGAUGCUGCUGUUAGUUGACCUGCACAUAGAAGGAACGGUCAGGGAGCGCAUGCUUGUUUCUUACUAUAGGUACAGUGCACAGAGAUCCAGUGCUGACAGUAACAUUGAUGAUGUGUGCAAAUUGUUGCGCUCUACUGGCUUUGUAAAUACUCCUGGUGCGAAAAAAAUACCAAACUAUCCAGUAGAAUACUUCAGGCGAUUUACAAUAAAUCCACUGUAUGUGGAAAUGGUUUUGGGUCGUUUGCGGUCAGAUGAUAUUUAUAAUCAGCUUUCGGCUUAUCCUCUGCCUGAGCACAGGAGCACUGCACUGUCAACUCAAGCUGCAAUGCUGUAUGUGUGUCUCUUCUUUGAUCCAAAUGUGCUGCACAACCAGACUGCCAAAAUGAGAGAGAUUGUUGAUAGGUUUUUCCCUGAUAACUGGGUCAUUAGCAUUUAUAUGGGUAUAACGGUAAACCUGAUAGACUCUUGGGAGCACUUCAAAGCUGCAAAGACAGCCCUCACUAAUACAUUAGAAAUGUCCAAUGUUCGAGAGUACGCUUGUAAAUAUUCAUCCAGGUUACAGAAACUGAUACCACAGACGCAGCAGCUGUUAAAAGAAGGAGUUUUAGUGGAAGAAAAUGUCUUGGACCAUGUCAGCAAGGUUACAAAUAUCAUACGUGAAUGUAAUGUGACUUUGCGAUGGCUAAUGCUCCACACUGCGGCCCCAGGAGCUGCAUGGGAUGGAAAUAAACGGUGUAAACAGAUACGUGAUCAAGUAAUAAAUGAUGCAAAAUACACUCCUCUUCAGGUGUUUGAACUGCUUUUAAACACAGCAGAGUUUGAACUAAAAAUAAAGGAUCUUUUUAAGCAUUUACUGUUAGAGAAACACAAUAAGUGGGAUAGCUACAAAAUGGAAGGAAGAGAAAGGAUGCAAGAGUUAUCAGAAGUAUUUUCUGGAACUAAGCCACUCACUAGAGUGGAGAAAAAUGAUAAUUUGAAGAUGUGGUUUUCUGCAAUGGCCAAACAAAUUGAUUCCUUGAAACAUGACGAUGCUGCAGCCUCUGGAAGAAAAAUCGCUCGUCUCAUACAAGCACUUGAUGAAGUUCAAGCAUUUCAUCAGUUGGAGGCCAAUAUGCAGGUAAAGCAGUUCAUUGUAGACACAAGGCGUUUCCUGAUGCAGAUGGUGAGGACAGGAAACAUAAAAGAGGAAGUCCUAAUCACAUUGCAAAUUGUAGGAGAUCUCAGCUAUGCGUGGGAGAUAAUUGACCCAUAUACUUCUUACAUGCAACAGGGAAUUAAGAAGGAUCCAUCUCUUGUGAUAAAACUGAGAGCAACAUUUCUCAAGCUUUCAUCUGCAUUGGAGAUUCCUCUGUUACGAAUCAACCAAGCUCGCAGUGCUGAUAUGGUGUCAGUUUCACAGUAUUACUCUGGUGAGCUGGUGUCAUACGUUCGUCGUGUGCUACACAUUAUCCCAGAAACAAUGUUUGGGUUGAUGGCUCGUAUUGUGCACCUGCAGACAGAUGUCAUAAAGGAAUUGCCAACACGGUUAGAGAAAGAAAGGCUGAGAGAGCUUGCACAGUUAGAAGAGCGCCAUGAGGUUGCACGCUUAACACAUGCUGUUUCAGUCUUCACAGAAGGUAUUCUAAAAAUGAAAAGUACUUUAGUUGGUAUUAUCCGUGUGGAUCCAAAACAGUUACUGGAAGAUGGCAUUCGCAAAGAACUUGUUAAACAAAUAGCUACUGCACUCAACACAUUACUGGUUUUCAACCAGAAAAGCAAGACAAGUGAACUUAUGACUAAACUAGAAAGUCUGGAAAAGAUAAUGGAUGGAUAUCGUCGAUCUUUUGAAUACAUUCAAGAUUAUGUUAACAUAUAUGGGUUAAAAAUAUGGCAUGAAGAAGUAUCUCGGAUAAUAAGUUACAAUGUGGAACAAGAGUGCAACAGCUUUUUGAGGAAUAAAGUGCAAGAUUGGCAAAGUGUGUAUCAAAGCAGGACAAUUCCUAUUCCUCGCUUUCCUCCUGCUGAUAACACAUCUGUCAAUUUUAUAGGCAGGCUAGCAAGAGAACUUUUGCGUGUGACAGACCCUAAGUCUACAGUUUACAUAGAACAGAAAACAGCAUGGUAUGACAUGAAAACACACAAUGAAAUCAUGAAUAUCAAAAGUUUUUCCAAAAUAACACGUUCCGUAGGAACUGCGGGACUGACUGGAUUAGACAGACUCUUCUCAUUUAUGAUAGUUACAGAACUACAGAAUUUUGUUAAUUCGCUGCAGAGAGGCAUUCUAAAAGACAAAGGGUGGCUUGAUGUGUUUAGUGUGGUGUCCAAAGGGUUGUCACCAAAUACCGACACAGUCAGUAAUCCUGGACGCUUCUAUUCUCAGUACACUUCUAGAGCUCAAAAAGUUUGGCCACAGAUCCUUGAGUGGGUGCUGAAGGUUGGCCAGAUGCAGGUUAUAAAGAAGCACAUAGCCUAUGAACUCAAUAUUUCAUGCAAGUUUGAGUCCAAGAAUUUGGCUUCAGCAUUGCAAGCAAUGAAUGAAGCACUGCUAUCUGAGAUAGCAGCUCACUACAAGGAUCCAAGCAAACCAUAUCCAAAAGAGAGCAAUCCAUUAAUGUACGAACUGUCAACUUAUUUAGAUUGGGCAGGAAUGAGUAACCCAUACUCCAAGAUAUAUAUAACCACCAAAAAUUUGCAGUACUUGGCAUUGUUACUGUUCCUUUUUGCAAUAUCACAGCUGGGAAGACUGCAUUAUGCUCGUAACUUAGGUACACUGAUCAACAAGAAAUCUCAAGAGCCCCUGGAUGGCGUUCCAUUUGUGGUGGGUGUGCAGACAGUGCUGCGACAGUUUCAUCCAGAGAUCAGAAACCAGUUUAUCUUGUAUGUGAGCCAGUAUGUAAAAUCGUAUGUGGAAUCUGGAAUAAGCUCAAAAUCGCCCGAGUUUUCUGCUGAAGCUGCAACAGGGCUGCACUUCCUGGAAAUGCUUGUCCAUUACUCGGGCUUGCCACGAAAUACCUUGGCAGACCACAUACCUGAGCCUGUCCUCGAUCAGUACCAGUCACUUGUCAGUGCAUAAUUGACAGACAGUGUCUGUCUGUAAUUCCAUAGUCUGUGACAGUUUUUCUUAAAUCUUCUUAAAUUUUUGGGUAUUUUUUGUAAAUUGUGAUUUACUGUUGUAAUGCCCAAUUUCUUGCUUUUGUAAUAGCAGAACACAAAGCUUUGUAAUGGACUGAUUAUAUUUAUCUAUUAUUAUACUAUCCUUUUGUUGUUAUUUAAAGUGUGUUAAAUCUUAUUCUGAAAGGACAUAUCUUUUUUGUAUGUUGUUUUUGUUACAGAAAAUGUUAGCAUUGUGUUAUUUUACAGUAAAUUGUAAGAAGCUUCAUUCUCUGUUUUUGUGCUAUGUUUAUAGAGUGCUGAUUUGGUUAAUAUGUUAGUAACCAAGAUUCCUGCUGUUAGCUGUAAUGUUUUGUUGUAUGUUGCUAACAGGGCAGAAAAAAAUAGAUAUAAAAACAUAAUGAGGCAGCUUGCAAACCUGCAAGAUUCUGUAA